CAAACUUGUCUUGAAGAAAGCAUAGAAGAGUAGGAGCAGGAGAUCGAGAAUGUUUAGAAACAUAUGUUACAGGGUGGCACCGGCUGGUGCCAUGAAGACAUCCAGUAUAAGGAUGAUUUCAAGCAGUGCUCCUCGCUUAUUCUUGGGUAAUCUUUUUGGAUCAAGAGAAGCAAAGAAACAUGAAGAACUUAUUGAGAAACAAGAUGACUAUACCGUUGAUGCUGAUAGCAAGAUUGUCAUCUUAGACGAGACCAACUCUCCAAACCACAAGCCAUUUGAUGCUGAAGCUGAUAUGCCAGGUUUCGAAGUGAAGAAUUGGAAAUUUACUAAAGUUCAACAAAAGGAUAUCGAAACAACAUAUGAUAUUGACUCAGUCAAUAACACCUUAAUAACAACUUAUAACGAAUUAGCAAAUGCUUCCGAACAAGUCUCCGAUUUAGGUUCGAUAAAAUUGAAUGAUUUAAAUUUCAGAUUCAAAUAUUCGAAAUUAUUACAACAAAACUUAGGUUUUGAUAUUAGCGAUUACGUCUUUAGCACUAGUCAUGACUUACAAAUAUUAUCAGAUAACUUGAACCAAAUCAUUAAUACUAGAUACGUGAACGAACGUAAUCCAAACGGUAUUGUUUUAAGAGAUGAAGAUUUCACUGCUCCAAAUGUCUACUUGAACAACGAACUUAGUGAUUUUGAAAAAGAAAAAUUCUACGAAGAAAUUUUGGCAAAAGCUAAAGAAGCUUAA